AUAUGUCGCUGACCUUUCUUCUUUGCCCAUAUCUGUACUUAUCAAUCUCUCUUCCUUCAUGGUGUAACCCUUUUCCUGUUGUUGUUGUUGUUCUUCUUCUUCUUCAAAUCAAUUUUCUUCUUUCCGUUCAAUUCUUCCAUCUUCUGUGUCAUAUAUGCCACUAAAAGAGGCAUAAACCUCUCACCUUCUUCGCCUGUUUAGGAUCCAAAAUGGGCCGAUCUCCUUGCUGUGAGAAGGUUGGCCUGAAAAAAGGUCCGUGGACGCCUGAAGAAGAUCAGAAACUCCUAGCUUACAUCGAAGAACAUGGUCAUGGAAGCUGGAGAGCCCUACCGGCCAAAGCUGGUCUUCAAAGGUGUGGAAAGAGCUGUAGACUAAGAUGGACUAACUACCUCAGACCUGAUAUUAAACGAGGGAAAUUCAGUUUACAGGAGGAACAGACUAUCAUUCAACUACAUGCUCUUCUGGGGAACAGGUGGUCGGCUAUAGCAACACAUUUGCCCAAGAGAACUGACAAUGAAAUCAAAAACUACUGGAACACCCACCUCAAGAAAAGGCUAGCCAAGAUGGGAAUAGAUCCGGUAACCCACAAGCCCAAGAGCGACGCCCUGAGCUCGGUCGACGGUCAGUCCAAGACAGCAGCCACACUAAGCCACAUGGCUCAGUGGGAGAGUGCUCGCCUCGAAGCCGAAGCAAGAUUGGUUAGAGAAUCUAAGUUGAGGUCCAGUUCGUUUCAACAGCAGCUGGGCUCACCGGCUACGGAUUUGGCUUCCACUUCGGCUCAGCCUCUCAACAAGACAUCAGCUCCUCCGGCGUCGUCUCUGUGUCUCGACGUGCUAAAAGCUUGGCAAGGAGUGUGGUCAAAGUCAACAAAAAGCGGUUUGAUGUCUGGCAUAGGCAGCGGCCUUGGUCUUGAGUCUCCGACGUCUACUUUGAGCUUUUCUGAGAAUGCAGUGCCGAUCCCAAGUGUUGGAUUCGGUGACAACCCUACGGCUACAGUGGAAUUCGUCGGCAGUUCAAGCACAGGUGAGGGAGGACUUGUUGUCAAAGAAGAAGGCGGUGAAGAAGAUUGGAAAGGCUUUGGGAAGACGAUCCACAUCCACCUGCCCGAAUGCAAAGAAAGGAUGGAAAACUCAGUGACAUUGAUGACAGGUUUCCAUCAUGAUGCAGUGUUUACAGCCGAGGACUCAUGGACUUCGGAAUCAUCAAAGACGGAAAACGGGCAAGUAGCCGGUGCAAACUUCAUUGAAGGCUUCACCGAUCUUCUCAUCAACAAUUCCGAUGACCAGAAUUCAUCGGAAGAAAGUAGAGAUUCUGAUUAUGCCAAUGGCAGCCAUGGCACCGACGACUUUGAAGAGAACAAGAAUUACUGGAACAACAUACUCAACUUGGUGAAUUCUUCUCCGUCGGAUUCACCGGUGUUCUAGGAUCAUACCGCCGGAGAAGUGACGCAAAGAGUCGUUAGUUUCACAAAGUUGUCAAGCUACGUCAACUGGUCAAGCGCCAUUAGAAUAUUCCUUUGUUGUUAUCAAAUGUGAAAAAGGUUUUAGUCUCCUCGGUCCCGCUAUAGUCUCUAGCAUGACCCGUUAAAAACUCAGCCGUUUCCACUCAGUGAAGUCCCUAGCUAGGAAGUAGAAAUCGGCAGCUAAUCGUUCUAGCGUUUAAAGAUUUGAAGGCAACAGUCAAGCCAGUGGAGUCCAACAUUUGUUUUCUCAAUUCUCAUCCAAAUAAGUUAUAACGUAACCCCAGCGCCAGCGGCCUGCGGCCAUGCCCAAGAGAAAAUGGAGAAGAAAGCUAGACCCUGGACGAGCCGCCUAGAAAAUAUUUCUUUAGAAAUAGAUAUAUAGAGAUGGAGAUCAUUAGUAUAUUGUUAUGUUCUAUACAAACAUUUAUAUGAAUCGUCCCUUCCUGCUUACGAGAUAUGUACGUAUUAAUGAAUGGACUUUACUGCAGUUAGUUUGUUGUGGCA